AUGAUUUAUUCAUUUGCCAGAUAAUCAUUUUAAGCAGUGUUUUAAACAGUAAAAGAGGUAUUAGACUUCUCAAAUACUACUCUGUAUGACACAUUCAUUUCUCAUCCAAUUACUUCACUAACAUAUGAAAAGCUUAGUGAAAGAAUUACUGGAAAAUAGAAAAGAAUAUUGGAUGUUGGAGUUGGCACUGGUGUUCCUCUACAUAAAGUUAUUAAUUAGUUUCCUCAUGAGUGUGAGAUUACUGCAAUUGAUAUAGAUCAUACUUACUUAAGCAAAGCAGUCCAAUUAUUUAAAGACAAACCUUAAGUGAAAAUACUUGAAUUGGAUUUCUACUAAAUGAAACCUGAAAUUCAUGGAAAAUUUGAUGCCAUUGUCUUUUCUUCAUCUUUCCCUAUACUUCAUCAAUAAUAAGAGGCUCUUCAAAUAGCUAAAUCAUUACUUAAUCCAGAAGGAAUCAUAUAUUUUAUGCUAACAUUAAGUGAUUCUCAUUUUGGUGAAAGUUUAAAAUAUAUUACCAGCAUAGACUUGCAUCUAGAGUCUGAAAGGGCAUUUGAGGAAUUACUUAAACAAUCUUCACUAUAAAUUGUUCAUAAAUAAAGAUUACAAAAGGUAGCAAAUAUACCAACUCUAUUAUUAAAGGUGUAUAUUUAUGAAACUAAAUUAUGAUAU